AUGCGUGUUGCCAACAUCCGUGCACAAGAUGCGUCUAUAAGGCUUCCCGAUGAUAACGAAGAAGAACAAGAAGAAGAGGAUUGGACACCUGACGACAAGCCGUUGGACGAUGGAGGUCAAAGGCACCAGUCUGAAGCUCUCGGAACACACGAAACACUGCCCCUCAGGGGCAAUACCCUAGGCUUUUUGGGACCAACAAAUUCAUUCCGGCUUAGGUUGUAUCUUAUGCUUUCUCAUCCGUACUCGGACCCCAUUUCGCUCGUUCUAAUUCUUAUGACAGCCGUCGUCCUCGUCAUUCAGGCAUCUCGCACUCUCCUCCUAUCUACAGACCAAUCUACCCCCUCUCCUCAGGUAGGUUAUUUCCACGCUUGGGAAGACUAUGCGCUAUUUGUACUUUACAUUCUUUUUACUAUCGAAUCUCUUGCUCGAAUCUGCGUGUCUGGUUUUGUGUUCGAUCCGGAGAUCCCUACAUCGGCCCUUGUCCUUGCAGGGUCUCGUUUUCGUAGCACCUCGGAACGUACAUUCUUUUCCAGAGCCCUUCGCUCUGACAUACCUACAUCAGGGAGCGAAGUCAUGGCUUUACCAUUCCGCUUAAAUAUCCAAUUUGCCCGUCAGAAAUUGGCGCGAAAUGUUCCUUACUUGCGUCAGAGUUGGGGUAGAAUUGAUUUUAUAGCGGUUGUUGCCUUCUGGGUGGCGUUUAUACUGGCAUCGGUCGGUGUAGAAAGGGGCACGUAUCAUAUUGGCAUAUUUCGAGCGCUCAGCGUGCUACGCAUCGCACGCUUGCUGGCGAUCACGUCGGGUACCACUACAAUCAUGCACUCAUUAAAGGUUGCUCGACCUUUGCUUGCAAGCGUGGCCUACUUCGUCGUGUUUGCUGUUCUCCUCUUCUCCAUCAUCGGCGUCCAAUCUUUUAAAGGUUCAUUGAGGCGGAACUGUUACCUUUUACCAACCCUCGGCGAGGCACAGACGCAGCUGUCCACAUUCUGCGGUAGCCACAUAAAUGCCUCUACGUUGCAACCUUCUCCUUACAUCAAACUCGAUGGCUCUUCAGGAGACAGUGUCAAGGGUUAUACUUGUCCACUCGGUCAAAUAUGCCAGGAAGGGCAAGGCGCUUACAGUGGUGUUGAGAGCUUUGACACAGUCUGGAAUUCUGUCCUUCAGGUUAUCGUGAUUGCAUCAGCUAACACGUGGUCAACUGUUAUGUAUCAAACCAUGGGGGCAGAAUAUUUUGCUUCGUGCUUCUUCUUUGUUGCUGGUAUUCUCGUGUUGAAUUUCUGGCUUUUUAAUCUUUUCGUUGCGGUUAUAACGAAUACAUUUUCCGCUAUCAGGGCUGAAACCCAGAAGAGUGCAUUUGGCGCGGCCCCGCUAGGCUUUUUAAUCGAAGAACAAGACGAAGGUUGGCCAGCCACUGGACGUCACUCGGGUCAGAACGCCCUGAAGUUAUUUUAUGCCUAUGCCCGGUGGGGUUGGAUUUUCCUUGCUUUGGCUUCUCUUGUUGUCCAGGCAACUACUACAGCCAACAUGAGCUCAUUACACCAAGAAGUACUCUACAAGUCUGAAUUGUUUCUCGCCAUAGCUUUCGAUACCGAGAUCCUCAUCCGGAUCGCCGCAGAGUUGCCUGCGUGGAGGGUUUUCUUCAGACACGGAAACAACUGGAUAGAUUUGGUUCUCGCAAUUGGAUCAAGCGUGAUACAGAUACCUGCUAUACAGCAAUCGGAGGUUUACCCUUGGUUGACGAUUUUUCCAGUCGCGAGGUUCUAUCGUGUAAUUUUGGAGUUCCCCCGCAUGAAGCCGUUGUUAUUAACGGUCUUCGGGAAUCUUUAUGGUCUCGCUAACAUGACGCUCUUUCUCAUAUUGGUCAACUUCCUUGCAGCUUUGGUGGCCAUCCAAUUUCUCCAAGGAGACAUGAGUGGCAACACGACGAUGAACUUUGGCCAGCUGUGGAACUCGUUUUUAGCGGUCUAUCAAGUAUUAUCGUCGGAGAACUGGACGACUGUGUUGUAUGACGCUACUGUGGUUGAACUUCCCCUUGGGCAGGCUGUCAUUGUGGCUACUUUCAUAUCUUGUUGGUUGUUGUUUGCAAACUUCAUUAUUAUGCAGAUGUUCAUUGCCGUAAUUAACGAGAAUUUCAGUGUUGCCGAGGAAGCCAAGAAAGAAAAACAAGCUUCUAAUUACUGGGCGCGUCACCAUCGCCCACAACGGGAGGCCACGCACAGUCGAUGGAUACGCAGGUUGAACCCGUAUCAGUGGUUCAAAGCAGAUCCCGUGACUAUUAAGGUUGAGAAUUUACCUUCGACCCUUGUUUUGCCGAUGCGGGAGAGCGUGGUGCAAGGCUAUUCCCCACCUCGACAGGAACGAAAGGCUUCGUUGAUGCGCGUGAUCUCGAAAAGGGCACGCCACGUUCCAUCGAAGUCGAUUACGAUGCUGCAACGACUGUUUAUGGGAACAACAAGGUCCAACGAGUUCCCACUCAUUGAAUUGCGUCAGCCGAAAACGAGAUUAGCUGAGAAAGAUGCUGUCGAGGACGACACUGAACAGUACCUCGAAAUAUUAGCUGGAAUGAACCAAGAUGAUCUCGCUGCUGAGGCCCUGGACGAUGCAAUACAAGAACGACGAGCCCGUAAGGCCGACUUCAUAAAAGACCAUCCCACGUACGACAAGACAUUUUGGUUGUUCUCCCAGCGGAACGGCCUUCGCCGACUGUGUCAGAAGAUUGUCGAACCGGCAGGUGGAGAACGAAUUUUUGGUACCGCUCCCGAUAUGGUUGCCCAUACUAUUUUUCAACUUCUUGUUUUUCUCACUGUCAUCGGUGGUAUUAUCACGGAGAUCAUUGCGCCACCGAUCUACCGUCGAAAUUAUUACCUGCAAUACGGCCUACGUCGAUCGGCGUGGUUCAAUAUCGCGGAGGCUACAUUCGGAUUUGCGCUUUUUCUGGAAUUCCUGAUCAAAGUGGUCGCAGAUGGCUUGCUUUUCACGCCAAAUGCUUAUGCCCGAAGCAUGUGGAACGUCAUCGACCUUGUCAUCUUGGCGGGCCUCCUUGCCAACAUUGGGUUAACCUGGUGGUUUGUCGGGAUUUCCAACCGAUUUGUGCAUGCUUUGAAGGCGCUACGUGCUCUUCGAUUGAUUACUUUGAUCGACCAGAUGCGCAGCACUUUCGAAAAUUUGAUUAUCUCCGGAGUGGUCCGCAUUCUGGAUGCUGCUAUCCUCGCCAUCCUUUACCUCAUCCCAUUUAGCGUGUGGGGGACCAAUAUCUUUGCGGGAUUAAUGAACGAGUGCAACGACACGAGCGUGCAAGGGAUCAGUGAUUGUACCGGUGAAUACGUGAACACCAUCUACGGCAACUCUUAUGGGUAUCUCGUUCCCCGUGCUUGGAACAAUCCAUCACCAUCCUACUACAUUGUUUCACUCGAGGGUUGGAUCGACGUCAUGUCGGUCGCUAUGAGUAUUACCGGAGCAGGCCAACAGCCGCAGACAAACGCCUCGCAGGCAUAUGCGUUAUUCUUCCUCAUCUACAACUUGCUCGGAGGCGCUGUCAUAUUGACCCUCUUCGUCAGUAUCAUUAUUAGCAACUUUUCAUCCAAAACGGGAUCCGCGUUCCUUACCCGACCGCAGCGAGAAUGGAUCGAUCUGGAGAAGUUAAUUAAGCGCCAGAAGUCCUCGAAGAGGCCUUACACUCGUCCUACCUCGCGCCUUCGGGCUUGGUGUUAUGACAGCGCCGUUCGCAAACAUGGCUGGUGGUCAAGGGGGAUGACAUUGUUGUUUGUCAUGCAAAUCAUGGACUUCUCGCUGUUCUCGACUUCGAUAUACAUGCUCGACAUUAUCGUCAGGUUUUAUGGUCUCGGAUGGGAAUCCUUCCGCGAUAAUGGGUGGAACAUUUUUGACGUGAUAGUGGCUUCCGGCAGCUUCACUGCCACCAUAAUCGUGCAAUUUGGCUCAGCCAACCCCACAAUCCAGCAACUUCAGAAACUGUUCCUUGUUUGCAUCUCGUUCAAGCUCGUGCAACGUGUGGAUUCACUGAAUCAGCUGGCUAGUUUACCGGUCAUUCUGAACCUUCUUGGACUAUGGCUUGUUGUAUUCCUUUUCUUCGCCAUAAUGUACCUGGAAGUGUUCGGUAUGACGAAGUGGUUCUCCGGGGAAUCGAACACUCAGAAUUACCAGUCAAUGGGCUCUGCCCUGCUCAUGCUGUCUUUUAUGAGUACUGGCGAGGGUUGGAACCAAUACAUGCAUGACUAUGCUACAGUAUACCCGCGGUGUACAUAUACGACCGGGGAUAUUGCUGAGACGGAUUGCGGAAGUACUGCAUGGGCAUUUUCGCUCUUCAUCGCAUGGAACCUCCUUAGCAUGUACAUCAUUUUGAACAUGUUUACAGGUGUAGUCGUUGAAAACUUUUCUUACGUGUUUCAGUCCACGGGCGGGGCGAAAUCUAUAACUCGCAGGGAGAUGCGGUCAUUCAAGAAAGUAUGGGCCGAGUUUUCCAACGCCAAAACCGGACAGCUCGAACGCCAAAAUAUCGGACCCUUCUUGGCGAGGCUCGAUGGCGUCUUUGAAACUCGUAUUUACCCUCGGGAACAGUCGGUGGGCGCCAUCUUGGCUGGUUGCCGAGACACCUCGAAGAGGGCAACCGUGACUGGAGGUGUCAAUCUCAAGAAGUUAAACAACAUCCUGAAUAAAAUCGAUCAUAGCAGCGUCAGAAAACGACGGAACACUUACGGCCGUCUCUACCACGAAGCCCACAUAGUAUCUCUCCCCACCGGUGGUUUAUCUUUCACGGACAUGUUACUACUCCUGGCACACCAUAAACUUAUCGAUGAUCGUGAAGCACUAGUACUGCGGGAUCUGGUCGUGCGGCAGGAGACCAACAAGCUUGUUACAGAUCUCGUCAACCUAGACAGAGUGCGUUCGCUGCUCAGAAUGAUUUCGCAACGCCGCAAGUAUCUCCUGGAGAGAGAACAAGUCAUGAACCGAGACAUACCUGCUAUCUUCGUCAAUUCUUCACCCGCUACUCCUCCGCCUAUAAUUUCUAGGGAUAUCACUUCGCCCCGAAGUGAGUAUGAAACAGGGCAGUCGGAUUACGAGGCCAGUAGUCCAACGCCAUCGCCUCGUAUUCUCGUUUCUUCGUCAGAGCUCCCGACUGCCGAUCGCUCCUUCAGAAGCAGCCUCCAACGUGCACGGAGAGUAAGUGACGUCAGCAUGUUGUCCGCUGAUAUGAGUCAGAGUUACUGGAGAGAGCGUUCCCGCUCCCCUGAGCCUGAAGACGAAGGUGACAUGAUCUCAUCUAUGCAGCGAUCAAUAUGGGGUGAAAUGAUGUUACAAGCGGCUCAGGAGGAAGGCGAUGCCUAG